UUGGUGCUUGAUCGCCAUUUUAUAUCAAUAAGUUGUAGUUCGUGAUAAUUGUUGAAUAAAAUAUUUUUAUUUGUUUUUAAAUAAUAUAUCAGUGGCUUUACAAUUGUAAAAUGGUGUAAAGAUAAAAUUUCGUCAUGUUGAACUGUUCACCUAUGAAAAGGAAAAGGCGAACUGUAGUUAAUAAUAUGAUGGAAGUAUUUGAAAAUGUUUUGUUAAACGCAUCAGAAUUUAUUAAAGGACGUCUGUUUUUUGUGUCAUUAAACACAGACGUAAAACCGAAAUCUACUCCAUCAGUCCAUUAUUUUACAAUCGAUACAGAAUUAAAUUAUGAUAGUUUCUACCUAGACUUUGGGCCUUUAAAUUUGGCCAUGCUGUAUCAUUAUUGUGUGAAGUUGAGAAGAAAACUAAGCAACCCAGCUUUCCAUAACAAAAAGAUUGUACAUUAUACAGGUGCAGACGUGCAAAAACGAGUAAAUGCUGCUUUUUUAAUUGGUGCAUAUUCUAUUAUAUAUCUCAAUUAUGAACCAGAACAAGCAUACGAGGUUCUGAACCAUGACUCGACAAAAGAUUAUCUAAAAUUCAGGGAUGCUUCUAUUGGAGAGCCAUACACAUUAAGUCUUUUAGACUGCCUGAAAGCAGUAAAGAAGGGCUUGCAUUUUGGGUUUUUUAAUUUUGACAAUUUUGAUUUUCUCGAAUAUGAACAUUACGAAAGGGUUGAAAAUGGAGAUUUCAACUGGAUCCUUCCCAAUAAAUUCAUUGCAUUUUGUGGACCUCAUAACAGAUCUAAGUUGGAUAAGGGAUAUCCAAUUCACUCUCCGGAGACAUACUUUGCCUAUUUUCGAAGGCACAAAGUAACGACCAUUAUUCGAUUAAAUAAGAAGGCCUAUGACUCGAAUAGAUUUGUUCAGGCUGGAUUCGAUCAUAAAGAUCUGUAUUUUGUUGAUGGAGGCACACCUAGUGAUAGAAUAUUACAACAUUUUAUAAGUGUAUCUGAAAACGCAAAGGGCGCAUGUGCAGUGCAUUGCAAAGCGGGUCUGGGAAGAACAGGUUCUUUAAUUGCUUGUUAUAUAAUGAAACAUUAUAAAUUUACGGCUGAGGAAGCAAUUGCAUGGAUAAGGAUCUGCAGGCCUGGAUCUAUAAUUGGUCACCAACAAAGUUGGUUGCAAGAGAAACAAAAACAAAUGUGGGAAGCUGGGGAAGUUUAUCGCAAGAAAAACGGAAUUACUGGAAUUCCAAAGCAUACAGUAGGAAUAUACAGUUUAUCGGAAUUAAAUAGAAAAAAGAGCCACGACAAUGUUACUGGAAUUGUAAAAAAAGUUGACUGUAUGGAAAUAAAUGAUCCGGACGAAGAAUUUGAAGAAAAUACUAUAACUCAAGGGGACAAACUAAAUGAAAUUAAAGCUCAGAGAAGUAAAGCUAAGCCUCUUGGAACAAGUCAGACAGAACGUUUACGUAGAGUACAUGUUUCUAGCAGUCCUACAAGUCAGACUGUUUUAAGGGGAGGUAAAAUUCUUACCAGUUCUUCAUCGAAAAUUUCAGGAUCCACUAGUAAUCGGGUGGUCGCCAAAAGAAUUGAAACAAAAGAGCCUCAACCAGUAAAGCGCAGUAGCACAAGAAAGUUAGCUUCUCCUAUCACCACUUCAGCUAGUGAGAAGCUGCAUCUAAACGAAAAACGUCAAAUUGUAAAGAAAAGUCCUCUGUCUCGUUUAACAAAAAAUGGAGUAGCUUACCAAAACGGUACAAGUUUAAAAAAUAUUUCACCUGACGAAAAACAAAUGAAACGGGGUAAGAGGACACUUGCUUUAGAAAAGGAUAAAGCAAGUCCUAGAUCUGUUAAAGUGUUGCGUCGUUCUCAUGUACUGGCAUUAAGCCUAAAGGAUUGUGAAAAAACUGAAGGUAAAUUACGAUUACCUUCGGUUAAACUGAACAAAACCCUUUAACUAUGCAUUGUACAGGUAAAUGUUUAAAAUGUGCAUAAAAAUUGUAACUAUAUAUUUAUAAAAUUUAUUUUUAGAUAGACUGUUAAGGUAAAUAUAAAUAAUAUUUUAUAUUUACCUUGAUCUCAGUAUCAAAUUUAUAUUGAACUAUUUGUGAAGUACAAGAUUAUUUUAAGUAAUGGUUGAACUUUAUUAUUUAGGGUUAAAGUUUAUUAUUAGUUCGUUAAAACUAGUAUGUACUUUAACCUUGAAUAUAUCUGUCUUUUGAUAAACAAGGUGGUUCAAAUUUUGCAAAAAAGCCUGCUCACUAUUAUAUAUGUGUGAUAUACACAUCAAAAGAAAUUGUACGGGCAAAAUAUUUGGUCUGUUCUUUUUUUUAAUAUAUAGGUAUGUUAUAAAAUAAGAAAUUGCAGCCAUCCACCCAUUAUAUUAAGAAAAAGUACAUAUAAUCUCUUAGAAAAAAAAUUCUUAUAAAUGUAAUCAUGUGAAAUUGUUACAUUGACAAGAAUUUUAUUUAUGUAAUUAAAAUACUACAUAUCAUAUUUUAACAACUUUACAACCUUUAGAUAUUGUUGAUUUUUUAAUUAAAAUACAUUAUAUCGAAUAAAUUCCAAUUUAUUUGCAAUAAAUUAUGUAAUGGAAUAUAUUUUUUUUAUUUGGGAAAAUAGGUUUUGUGUUACUCAUAUAAAUAUGCUAAUAUUAAAAAUUUGAAUCAUCGUACUUACACUGAAUAUUGAAAAUGUAUUAUUUUUAUAUGUCGCCACUUCAUCACUGUAUUUAUUAUACACACGUUGUUAAUUGUAAAUAGUUUAGAAUUUAGAAAUAUUUUUCAAUUAUAUUCUUUAGAUCUUAGGCAUUUAUUAUUUUUUUAGUUGUUAUCUUAUAUGAGUAAUACUUUUUGGUGAAGUGCUAUUCAAAAAAAAAAUGUUUAAAUAUUGCCACUAUUUUAUGAUUGUUACUUUUUUAAAUUAUACUCCAUGAUUUUAGAACAUUUAAUCAAACAGUGCUAUACAGAAACAUUUUUAAUUUCUGCAACUACACAAGGGUUAUGUGGGUGGUAUUAGGUUUUUUAAUUUACAUGUACUUGUAUGGGACGUCCUGAAAUAAGUACCCGUUAAGAAAAAUUCUUAUGAAGACAUGCUUUAAAUCUGUUCAACUUCAAGAUACAAGCUUAAAUGCGUCCUAUACUUUAUAUCUUAUGUACAUAAUUUUCAUUCUUAACAAUUACUUUUCGGGGGAUACCUUGUACAUAUACAAUCUACAGAUUUUAAAUUUGGUAGCUAAAAGCUGAUAUGUGAAAAUGAAUCUUAUCCAGCAUUUUCCAAUUUUUUUAGAUUAUGGCAACAAAAGUUUUUAGACAUUUAAAAUGAGAAAAACAUUCCAUUGGAGUAAU